UGCACAUAUUUUAAUCUUAUCAUAAAAUAUAAUUUGAUAAAUUAUUUUAAACUAAUUUUUUGUAUAAAUUAAAGUUUAAUGUUUAAACUUUUAUAAAAAAAUUUAAAAAUAAAUUAUGAAACUAUAUUUUAUAUGCGACUUAAAAUGAUGGUUUAUAACUAGAACCGAACACUUGCUUCACAGAGUUGACUGUACCGGUCUAAGCAAACUCCGCCUGCAAUGUUGUUUUCUUCAUUGUUCGUAAAUACUAAAACGGUAUUAGUUCAAUUUGAAAUUUAGGGUUUAAAGUUCCCGUUCAAAUCAGAAAUAUUAACGAGGCCCCACAGUUUAAGGUGAUAAUGCUCUGUCCUUGUAUUGUACAUCAACUGAUAGAUUAUGGGCGCAAGAGGGUUGGAAGAGGUAAGACUAUACUUUGUUUAAGCUACUUUUUUUUUUUCCACAGAUGAAGUUUCUUCAAGGCUAUCUACCAUUUUGACCCUCCAAAUUUGGCCCUCAUACAUAUUAGCUCUCAAGAAACAUAUGCUGCAUUGAGUCAUUCAACAAAAAUUGCUUGUAGAAAACAAUAUAAUCAGGGGUGACCAAGUCCAGGAUGUAUAUGUGACAAACUUCAAGGGCGAAGAGGAAUAUUACUUCAUCAAUAUAGCAAGUGUUGUGAAGGUUUUGGGAGAAAUGUGGAAGGCAUGCAUUAAAGAUAAAGGAUGAGAAGAGACAGGACAUUCUUUUUUGACUUGUGUUACGUUACUUUCGAAAGCAGGGAACUUUGUUAAUUGAAAAAGAAGCAUGAUGGGUAAAAUAACAAUGACAUACAAAGACACAAGACGCAUGACCGGUUACUGUUGAAUGUUUAUUCAAUGUCUGAAGGCCUAGAUUUUCUUUAUUUUCUGUUUCUUCAGAGUAAUAUUCAUCGUAUCCAUUUAUGCUGCAGUGUAAGAGUCAUGUUGUUUGCUAUUUUAUUCUUCAUUGCCCAUAAACGUUGCUUUUAAAACUUCAAAAUUUGAGCCUCUACUUGGCAAUGUUAAAUCAUUAAUGGUAACAGUCUCUCAUAUAUUUAAUUAUUUGAUAUGUUUCUUGAAUGCUAUGGUUAGCUACGUCUACAUUAAUGCAACUACAUGUCAAACCAUUUUUAAAUAGUUUAACUUUGUUGAACUCCCUACUUCGCCACAUUUUGGCUUAGGUGCAUCUACCUUCUUUCAAUAAACUAGUACUUCUACAUUUAAACCUUAACAGUUUUGUCUAGGAGAAAAUCUUCUGCUUAUAUUUGCUGUAGACCAGGGUUAUAAAGAAAAACAAAAAAUAAAAAACUUUAAAUUGACAUGACUUAUUUUGAGUACGAUUAUCUGUGCUUUAACAUGAAUACAUGAAAUUGACACCAUGUCAAGGCAUCUUAAAGUUUCUUGCAACAUGCAAUGUGUAUGUGUUUGUGUACCGAACUAUAUCUGUCCAAUCUGCUAUUUGUCAAGAAGACGAUUCUCAGGGGAGGAAUAUUAGCUGCAAGUUCAAAAAAUUGCUUAGAAUGGACAUCUUUGUACCAUAACAACUACAGUUCAAUAUAUUUAGAAACUAGAUUUAAAAGCCUUAUGUCUUCUUUUAGUUCCGCAUUGGAUGUCACCAGUUGCACUUUAUGACGUUUUAAAUAUAAAAUCGUAUGCCUAUAAUUAGUUUUGUUUUUCAAUUAACUUUAAUGUUUUAAAGAUUGGGAAUGAGAACAAAUAGCGUGUUUUUAGUCUGCCGACUCUGCCCAGUUGUGCUUUUUUUACUCGGGGAACCUAGAUGAAUCUGACCAACGAGAGAAGGCAAGAUGCAAAGAUCAAAUGUAAAGUUUAUUUAUUCAUAUUGUUUAACUGCUUUCUUACUAAUUUUUUUCGAAGAUAAGGAAAGCAUAUGACUCGUGGAUGAUAUCAUGGCAGGUACAGAACUGUGUUAAUGAGAAAGGUUUGCUUCAUAAGUUAUCCUGAGUAACGUCAGAUUUGGAGAAUAAAUAUACCAAAGAGUAUACGUUAUUUCACAAUAACCUAUUAAAACUUCAGGCGUUUUUGUAAAUUCUGAUACUCAGUAACAAAUUAUUUCUUGGAAGAUAAGUGAAAGUAUAUGACUUCUGGAUGACAUCAUGGCGAGUAUAGAUAUAGGCUAAUGAGAAAGGUAUCGUUGAUUGCUGUUGUAAAUUUUCCUGAUUAUGUUCUUUACCAUCAGAUUUGUGGAGUAAAGAUACCAAAAAGUAUACAUUAGUUUACCGUUACUCUACUAAACUUCUACCAUUUCUAUAAAUUCUGAUACUCAGUGACAAAUUAGUAUGCAGUGCAUAUUUGGAAUGAUAAAUGUAUGUAUAUUCUAGAUUACCGUUAAACGAAUAAAACUUCUACCAUUUCUGCCUAAUGGGACCAACAAUCAGUAUAUAUACACAACUCAUCCAUAAGGUUCCUAUAUCAUUUUUUGGAGAGAGAGAUAUGACUUUUCCGGUAGAAGAAGGUGCUUGCACUGAAAUUUAUGAUGGUGGUGCUUACACUGAAAUUUAUGAUGAUGAAGAUUUUGAUGAGGAUGGCCGUCCAAAAAGGACAGGUACAUUGGUGACCACAAUGGCGCAUAUGAUAACACCGGUUAUGGGGUCAGGAGUGUUAUCGUUGGCAUGGGCGGUAGCUCAGUUGGGCUGGAUUGCUGGAACUUGUUCCCUAAUCAUCUUCUCACUCAUAACUUUGUAUACUUCUCAUCUUCUUGCUGAUUGCUAUCGAUGUCCUCAAACUGGAAAGAGAAACUACAGUUACAUGGACGCUGUUAAGUCUACUUUAGGAGGACUUCAAGUUCAGCUCUGUGGAAUAGCUCAGUAUAGCCUUCUUUUUGGAGUAUCAGUUGGAUACACUUUCGUUACAUCUACCAGCAUUAUGGCGAUCAAGUGCGGUGCUAAGCCAGAGUGUCACACAUCAAACAAUUGGUUUAUGCUAAUCUAUGGACUGGUGCAAAUUGUUUUAAGCCAAAUACCAAACUUCAAUGAGCUCUAUUUUCUCUCUAUAAUUUCUGCUUCCAUGUCUUUUGCUUGCUCUUUUAUCGGGAUUGGCCUCUCCUUGGCCAAAAUAGUUCAAGGAAAUGCAACUCCUGAGAGAAGCGUGACAGGAGUACCCGUGGGGUGGAAUGGUCUAACAAGAGAAGAUAAAGUAUGGAACAUUCUUUCCAGCUUGGGAGACGUUGCUUUUGCAUAUUCAUUCGCUUCUAUUCUUACUAAUAUCCAGGACACAAUAAAAUCGAGUCCAAAGGAGAAGAAAGUCAUGAAAAAUGCUAUAUCACUUGCAACCUUGGCAAUUACUGUGUUCUACAUGCUCUGUGGUUUGAUUGGAUAUGCUGCAUUUGGAAGUAGUGCACCAGGAAAUUUGUUAGCUGGAUUCGGUUCCUUUAAGCCUUUAUGGAUUGUGGAUCUUGCUAAUAUAAGUCUCGCUGUUCAUCUCUUUGGCGCUUAUCAGGCGGCUAGUCAGCCAAUAUAUGCGUUCGUGGAAAGUUGGAGCUUCAAAAAAUGGCCUAACAAUGAGUUUAUUACGAGGGAAUACUCUAUCACUGAUGGCUGCUACAGCUUUAAUUUCUUUCGCCUAGUUUGGAGGACACUAUACGUAGUUCUUGCAACCAUCCUGGCGAUGUUAUUCCCGUUCUUUAAUCAUUUUGUCGGCCUUCUUGGCGCCAUAACAUUCUGGCCACUAACAGUGUAUUUUCCGAUAGAGAUGUACAUUGCACAGAGAAAAAUUGUCAGAUUCUCAAGAAAGUGGUAUGGCCUGCAAAUUUUGAGCCUGUUUUGCGUGAUAGUGUCUCUUCUUGCUGCUGCAGGCUCUGUUCGUGGCCUUGUCAAGGCUGUUCAGACAUCGAGUCUCUUGCGUCAUGUACCUUAAUUUAAUUUCUUCUUUUCUUUUCUAGGAUUUAGUUAUCUGUAUCAUGUUGAUUAAGGUAAAUGUUAAGAAGUAUCAAACUUUCUGGGAUUUGAAUAGACUUGCUAUUUGAAUAGAACAAGAUCAAUUAUGCAGUACA